AAACAAUGAAAGUGAGACGCAACUUGUGCCAUAUUACAACAGUACGGACCAUAAUCACAAUCUGUCUCCCUGCUGUUUUCUUUCUCAGCAACUUCUCUGGUUUUCCAAGCGAUGUCAUUUUUCAACAAGAACAGUCUAUUCGGUAACAAUGGGCCUCAGCCACCACCUCGAGACCCUUACGGUCAACAGCAACCACCGGCCAUGCGAGGUGGCCGUCCAGGUUAUGGCGGACCAAGUCCCUACGAUACUCCCAUGAACAUGAACGGUGGCUACGAUGCCGGCCCUCCUCCUCCCAGACAACAACAACAACCUGGUUUCCGAUCAUCACCUCGGCCUCAUCAGAGAACCUCGAGUAAAGGUGGUUCAAGAGGAGGCCAUGUCCUGACACUUCAACCUGCGAAGAGUCCUGACAAUACAUUCACUUUUAGAAAUCUGGUCGCUGUUUCAACCCAGGAUAUCCCGCCUUCAUCGGAUGGCACCGACAUCUUCAUCAUCAUCAAUGGCAUGUUCGUUGUGACGGCGAGGCCACUUGAUGCGUUUCCGCGCGGAAACAUCGGUCUCUCAGAACCUCAGAGGUCAUGGAUGGGCGUGGCGUUGACAGAUCAAGUGAGCGCAGAAUUGUACGAUCCAUUCGCUCAGGGUGGACAGGCAUACAUUGGUUCUAUGGAUAUAGAGAUUGGGUUUGCGAGUACGAGGAAAGUGACGGACGUUCCUUAUGACCAGGACGACCUUGCAAAGGAAAUCACAAAGUUGUUCAACAGCCAGAUGUUUGCACCGAGUCAACGUUUCUUGAUGGAUCUCAAGAGUGUCCCUUUGAACAUGACUGUCAAGACGGUGCAAUUAGCAGAUUUUAGCGAAAAGUCCGCUCCAACGACAUCAGAUCCCAUGGCUCGAGGUAUACUUACACCACAGACUCAGAUCAAUUUUUUCAAGGAUGGCAGAACGUCAAUCAAUCUUAAAGCGUCUUCUCGGAGGCCAGCGGCUAACUCGAUCAUCGCCCCGGAUUUCAAGUUUGAAGAUAUGGGCAUCGGUGGUCUUGACAAGGAGUUUGCCACCAUUUUCAGACGAGCCUUUGCAUCACGUGUCUUCCCGCCUGGACUAGUCGAGAAGUUAGGUAUUCAACACGUCAAGGGUAUCUUGCUGUACGGUCCACCUGGUACGGGAAAGACGUUGAUUGCCCGACAAAUUGGCAAGAUGUUGAAUGCCCGAGAACCGAAGGUUAUCAAUGGCCCGGAGGUACUGAAUAAGUUUGUCGGUCAGUCGGAAGAAAACAUUCGCAAGCUGUUCGCCGAUGCCGAAAAGGAAUAUAAAGAGAAAGGUGACGAAUCCGGUCUGCACAUCAUCAUCUUUGAUGAAUUGGAUGCCGUGUGCAAACAGAGAGGAAGCGGCGCAGGAGGUGGUACGGGUGUGGGAGACAGUGUGGUUAACCAGCUGUUGGCCAAACUUGAUGGUGUGGACCAACUCAACAACAUCUUGUUGAUCGGAAUGACGAAUCGAAAGGACAUGAUUGAUGAUGCACUACUGCGACCUGGUCGUCUCGAAGUCCACUUGGAGAUCGCUCUUCCCGACGAGCAUGGCAGAGCCCAGAUCCUAAAGAUCCACACGCACAGAAUGCAGCAAAAUAAAGUGUUGGAUCGUGAUGUUGAUAUACUGGAGCUUGCACAUCGAACGAAGAACUUUUCUGGUGCUGAAUUGAACGGUCUAGUCAAGGCAGCCACCUCAUUUGCGUUCAACCGACAUAUUAAGGUCGGCACCGUGGCUGGUAUCAGCGAUGACGUGGCCGAUAUGAAGGUGAACAAGACAGACUUUGAAAACGCAUUGGAAGAAGUUAAACCGGCUUUUGGUGUAUCAGAAGAGGAAUUGCAAUAUUGCAUCCGGGGAGGAGUAAUACAUUACUCGCCUUACAUCAAGGACGUUCUUGAGGAAGGCAAAUUGUUUGUUGAGCAGGUCCGACAACCAAAUUCGACACCCUUGUUCUCGGUCUGCUUACACGGUCCUCCUGGGUCUGGCAAGACAGCUUUGGCAGCCAAGAUUGCAAUCGACUCUGGAUAUCCCUUCAUCAAGCUAGUCAGCACAAAGGACACCUUGGAGAUGAACGAACCUCAGAAAAUCUCACACCUCAGCAAGAUCUUCAGUGAUGCAUACAAGAGUCCAAUGAGUUGUGUUGUCAUUGAUGACAUCGAAGAGUUGAUCGAAUGGACACCCAUUGGGCCUCGAUUCAGCAAUGGUAUCCUCAAGAGUCUUGUUGCGUUGCUACGGAAAGCACCUCCUCCAGGCCGGAGUUUGUUGAUUAUAGCAACAGCAACUGAACGAAGUGUACUCCAACAACUGGAUUUCUGGAGACAUUUCAACAGCGAUAUCCCGGUUGCAAAUGUUCGCACUUACGAGGAAUUGAGACAUGUCAUGAAAGAUACAAAGGUGUUUGGUAGUGAAGAUGCGACCAAGGCGAUUACGGAGAUCAAGGACAUCACCCGAUCCGAAGAAGUCGGCGUGGGCAUCAAACAUGUUUUGCAGGCCAUUGAGACUGCCAAGCAUGAUAGUGACUUGGUCAGUAGAUUUGCCGGGACAAUGUCCAGGGCUAUUGCUGAGAGGGGGCAAUAAGUUGAGGUUGUGUCCAUGUCAGUGUAUGAUUUAUGAGUACAAACAGACUGUGAUAGAUUCUGUGUAUAGACGAAGAAAUUCUUUGUGUUGGUUGGUAGCAAGCUGUGAAUAUGGCCAUGACAGGAUACAAUUCUCAAUUCCUUAGGUG